UUAGAUUUUGUCCUUACCCACAAGAAGUAAUUAUACAACUUGAAUACAAGGCAAGAAUAACAAAAAUACAAAUUUUAUCACAUCCUUACUUAAUAGCUAGCAAAAUAGAAUUAAGUGCAGGAGAUGUUUCAAAAGGAAUGCCUGAGGCACCUACAAAUGUAAAAUGGAGAUAUCUUGGUGAAUUUGCUUUAUUGGAUAAUUCAAUUACUGAUUAUAAGGCUAGAGAAUUAAAAUCAGUUAUUGUUGAUGUGCCAGGAACUUUUAUCAAAUUCGUUUUAUAUCAGAAUUAUGUAAAUAGGUUAAAUCUGUGCAACCAGGUUGGCAUUGUAGCAAUUAAUGUGAUUGGUGAAAAAUUGCCACCAAAAAACAGUACAGCAAAAAGCAAAACUUCAGCAAAUCUUCAGCAUCCAACCAAAAAGAGUGAAGUUAUUUCUCCAUUGGAUGAUAUAUCUUUUGGAAUGUAUGUUGAAACAGAAGUAGCUCAAAUUAUGCAUCAUCUAUAUGCUAGAAAACAAAAAGCUGUUGAAGAUGAAAGGUUUGUUUAUGCAAAAAAGCUAAAAUAUGCUCUUAGUGAAUUAAGAAAGAUUGGAGAGAAGCUUGGAAAAUAUGAAAUAGAAAAGCAGCAAGCUGUAGAAGCUGAAGAUUAUGAUAAAGCACGUUUAAAAAAGCAAGAAAUGGAUGAAUACCGUAUUAAACAUUAUGAAAGAUUAAAGCUGCCUGAAUUAUUGGAAAUGGAAGGGCACAAUCCUGAUCAGGAUAAUGUGGAAGAUAUUAAAUUGAAGAAAGAAUUAGUGCCACCAAUGACUGUAAAGAAGCCAGUUUCACCACCGCUUGAAAGUGUCAGUCCAAUGGUUAAUGGUUAUAUGUCUUUAGAUGAUAGUGUAGUUCCAGCAUUAAAAAAUAAAUCACAGAGGAAAAAAGAACAGCCUUCUUUAUUGAAUGCAGAACCACCUGAAGGUGAAAAUAAAUCAUAUGAUAAACUAACUGAAAAAGAAAAGAAGGCAGCUUCUCUUCCAAUUGAUGUAUUUGGAUUACCAUUGGUGGAAAAAGCUUAUUCUAAAACAUACUCUCAUCGAGAAGAAUCUCUGAAAAAGGUUCAGUUGUUUCUACAACAAUAUAGGCAAAAAACUAAAGGCCAUUCACCAUCUGAUGUAUUAUUGGCAACAAAUUUUCUUGUAUUGAAAGCAUUAAAAGAUAAAGUAUUUUCUGUUUUCGUGUUAGCUCUGGAUGUAAUUAAAACUGCAUUAAAUCCUUUUGUAACAAAAAAUAAAAUGACAAAGACUGAAAUUAGUGAUUUUGUAGACACUGUCUAUCCAGAAAUUUUAAAUAGGAUGGGUGAUACUGCAGUACGUAUGAAAACAACAUCUAUGGAUUUUAUGUUGGAAACUGCUGACUAUAAAGAACUUCAGGAUUUACAGACUAUUCCACAUUAUUGUUUGCAACCUUUACAACGUACAAUCAAUUUAAGAUUGGCCCUAGGAAGAUGUGAAUUGGUUGAAGAACUUAUAAAACAAUAUCCUGUUUCAAAUACUGAAUGGUUAAAAUUUAAUAAAGUUAUGGCAUUUGCUUUGAAUGCUUUGGAACAUCCUUCAGCUCCUGUCAGAGAAGUUGCAGAGAGAAUUAUAAUAAUUUUAUAUAAGGAAUUUGGGAAUAAAGUACGAAAGCAGUUACCCUAUUCUGAUUUAAGUGAGCAACGUCGAAAUAAUAUAAAAUAUCGUAGAUUAUUUGACGAAUUUGAUCGCAUUGAUAAUGAAAAUAGCAGAAAAAUGCAUCUAAAAAAGCCUGCUGGCGUUUUAAAACGAUCGGAAGCUAAAUCGAAUGAAGUAGCCAGAAUUAAUUCUCUUGGAAAUAUCCAUCCAGCUUCUGCUGAGGAUGAUGAAGAUGAAGCAUCAAGUCUUGAUAAGAGAUGUAUGUUUUGUGGAGAGAAGAAUGAUAAAUUUACAGAUAAAGGUCUUGAAGUACAUUAUUGGAAAGAUUGUCCAAUGUUAAUAAAAUGCAAGAAUUGCAAACAGGUUGUAGAAAUAUCAGGUUUAAAUGAACAUCUUUUAGUUGAAUGUGAAUCAAAAAAUCUAUAUGAUAAGUGUAGUCGGUGUCAGGAACCCAUCCAGAAAAAGAAUGCCGACAGUCACAGAAUAAAAUGUUCUGGUAAAGUGGGAGUUACAAGAUGCCCUCUUUGUUCCCAGACACUUUCUGGAACUGAAGAAGCCUGGAAAUUUCAUUUGAUAAAAAGUUGUGCUUCAAAUCCUAGAUGUAAAUAAAAUUAAUACUAAUAAUUUAAAAAUAUAUGUAUACAUAAAAACAUUUAAACACAUUAUAUGCACAUUUUAACACAUUAAAAGUGUUAGAUAUUAUUUCAAAGGAUGAACUAGCCAUUGUAGUUACUCUACCAAAUUAAUGAAUAUAUGUUUAACAGUAAGUAAAUUUUAGGGAACCCUAGAAUUUUUGACUUUGUUAAUAAAGAACAUCUUCAGGUUUAAAAUUUAAAUUGAAAAGAUUCUUUUUGAAAUAAUCAAAUUGUAAUUACUCAAAAUGUAUAAAUAUUGUACACAAGUAACAAUAGCAAUCGAAAAUUCUAAUAUUUUUUUCAAAGAAAUUUUAUAAACAUUUAAUUGGAUGAAUGAAUGAUAAAUUAAUCAAUGUAUAAAAGAAAUUGCAAAUGAUAUUUGAUUAACACCAUUGUAAAUGUGAUAUUUCUUAGCACCACAUGUGUCUUAUUCAUGUCUUUGAUGUUAAAUGGUUUAAAAUAGAAUUUAGAUGGAGGAUAGUAAAAUAAAUAGUGAAAUUAAUAUGAAAAUAAUUAUAAACUUGCUAUUAUUAUAUUUUAUAAAGGCACAAAAGGAUUUGUGUGACUAUUUCAUGCUUUGUGAUUGAUGUUCAAGAUAUACUACAGUGUAUAUUUUUCUUAAUACAACUCUUCCACAGUGUAACAAUCAUAAAAGAGGCAAAUAUAUUAAAAAUUGAAUGAAGAAUGUUAUUUUUAUCUGCCUUAUUAAAAUAUUUUUCCUUAAUGAGUAUAAUAAAAUAAAAAAAAAAAACCUUAGGUAAUUAAUUAUUUAAGAAAAUAUUGAUUAAAUGAAACAAAAAUUACUUCAAACAAACAGCAGAAAAUUAGAGUUUUUAUUUAUAAAUGUUUUAUGUAUAAAAUUUUCUAUAAUUUCCCCCCCAAUAAGUUCAGUUAUUAAUGAGACAUUCUAAAUGUUAAGUA